GGUCUCGUUUCGUAAGAUCGAUUUUAUGCCGGUAAUUCAAUGGCCGUUUCAUGAUCACCGAAUGGGUAUAUUUAAAGUUUUUAUGGUUGGGGGGAUGGUUUCUUUUUGGCGUUUGGAAAGUUACUAUUACGAUUGUAAUUAACUCGGCAAUUGCGUACUCGGAUCUUUCAGAUUUGGCAUGGUUCGUAUAGUGUAAGAAAUUCUGAGAGAAAUUUAUUGGUGUCUACUUUUGGCCGUCUACUUUUAGAUCGUAUAAUUAGAUGUUCGAAACGAAGGUUGUGCGAAAUGUAUUUCAUAUUUUUAACUAUUUUGUCACGAAUAAGAGAUUCUCGUUAUCCCAGGGUUAGAUAUUCUUAAGACGGAUUUCUAUGAUUUGAGGAGGAUGAUUCCUCGAUAUUGUGAUAAAUAUUUGUUAAUGAUUAUAUCAAUAAAUGGAUAAAAUUUAUUUGUCAGAUUGCAAUUUUAUUAUCAAUGAAAUGACAAUUUUAUGCUUCGAGUUUUCAAUGACGUGAUCAUUCCGUGACUACAAUCCAUUUCUUUGCAUUCUUUUCAGUGAUAACUUGUUGUAUUAAAUCAGCAAUUAACAUAUUUAACGAUAUUCAUUCUUCAAAAAUUCAUCCACUCGCAUCAUAACUUUUAUAUACAUCAAAUUCUUGAUUAAUCUAUUUCUGAUAUUGUUACCUGUCAAAUUUAAUUUUUCAUCCCCAAUUCGAAAUUUCUUAAUUUAAUCAAAUCAAUUAAAUCAAUUCCUCGUCCAAACACGAAUUUAUUUUCAACUUAAACAGCUUCUGAGAUUCAUUGAAGUUCAAUCUACUUCGACUUCUAUACGAAUCGUCCAUUCGAUUUUGAUAAAUAAAAAAUGGAAAUUUAUAUCAAUGAUUGCAUCACGGAUCGGACGACAAUUCCAUCUACACCUGUUCUCGGCCUCCUCGUCGUUUCCUGUGCCGAUAAAUGCUGCGAAUCGAGGACAUCGAGGAAUUCGACUACCGGGUAAAACAAUGUGGAUUGCAAGAUCGGCCCUGUGACACGUUUCAGCGCAUAAUUGCCGCGUUAAAAGUGCGAAGAAGCAUGAUCGCGGCAUGGAGUAGCCGAGGAUCUCGCGUGCACGAUCGUUCGUCGUCGUCGAAUAGCGAUUACACAAGUUAGUGGUGUACGUGGUGCAGAUAUGCGUGGCAUGCGAGUCACUUUAUUCGUGGCGGUACUGGCCACGAUCGUCGAAAUCUCGAGGGCCGAGUCGACUCGACAGUCCCUCCAGUGCAAGAACAUCGCGAGGGACGUGUUUAUAAAUAGCUGCAAAGGACCAAGGAUGAAACGAUCCCCGCAGAAAUCUGACACUAGUAAUGCGGAUCAGAUCGUAAAGGCGACUAUAUCAGAUGCGAUGGAAGAAAAUCCAGUAGGAAUAGAAAUAUUCGAGCCAGAAAGAAGCUACUAUGUACAAGCUAGAAUGCCUUUGCAUCAAGGCUCUUAUGGCUCUUAUGGCUCUUAUGGACUUAUGCCUUCGAGAUUCGGAGGGAUAGGACACAAUUAUCAAUCGACCAAUUUCCAUCAAUCAGAGCUUAUCACGCCAGGACUCGAGUUCAUGGAUACUCAGUACAAUGGCUUGUCAGGAGGAAUGUACGGUUCAUCCAUACCUAUGCGACCGAAAUACCUAAUAAGAUCCGUCAAAUCGGACGAUCUUCUCGGCUUCAAUUUAAGCCCAGAAGAACUGGAAGAACUUUACGAUGAGAUCGGUGACAGAAUGCCAAGAAACUCGAAGAAUCUUAACAAGAGAAUUUUCCAACAGAUCGCAACGAAAUGCUGUCCGAAUGCGAGACUGUGCUACGAUAAUCCACGAAUAAUUCCUUGUAUGGGAUAUUAAAGACGACUUCGCAAUUCGCUGUUAAUAUUUUGUCAUCGAAAAGAAAUACAAACAGUUACUUAAGAGUUUUAUUAUUUAAGGAAAACGAUACUUAAGGAAAUGUACAUAUUACUUAAUUUUUCAAAUGUUUUCUUAAGAAUAUUUAAAGGAAAUAAAAUACGAGCCAUGUUGUUGCGUUUUCUAGUUUUGCAUAAA